AUGUUCACUGAUAGGCCAAAAGGUAGCGGGCCGGUCCCCAUUGCACCGGCUCCUACCCGGGAAGCCUACGAGGCAACCGACAACGGAGACUCAAUACAGAAUGUGAUGCCCUACACUUGCCAGACCUGUGCCAAGCGAAAGGUCAAAUGCGACAAAGUGGUGCCGAUCUGUUCCAGAUGCCGCAAGGGCGGGUUCGAGUGCAUCUACCAGACACCCCAACCACGAUCUCGAAAAAGAAAAGUAAGCGACGAUGUGCUCGAAAAACUAGCCAAAUAUGAGCAGAUUUUGCAGCAAAAUGGUCUGCUAGAUGCCGAAACAUCGGUCGUCGGAGAAAUGUCUCCUCGGGACCAAGUAUCGGCCAGUCACGUCAAGCCUGGGGCAUCGAAGACCGGUAGGCUUUUGACUGGCCAGGGGAGAUCGAGAUAUAUCGACAGCCAUAUAUGGUACAACCUCGGAGAUGAUGAGAUUCAGCACAUGUCUGAUGAUGAGGAAGAGGAUGAAAUGGCCCCCACUGAUGCCGAUCUCGUGGGAGGUAUCGCACCGGAUCCGUUGACGGGUGCGUUCCUAGGCCGUCAGCAAAAUCUUCUUCAGUAUCAUCCAAAUCAUGUAAAUGCCACACUGUUGUGGAAGAUACAUACUGAAAAUGUGGAGCCUAUCUGUAAGGUCCUACAUGUCCCAUCAACUGGCGAAAUGAUCCAGUCCGUUUCGCAACAUCCUGAAAUGGCGUCCAAGACCGAGGAAUGUCUAAUGUUCGCAAUCUACCACUGCGCAGUCUUCUCAACGACGGAAGAUGAAUGCAUAAAGCAAUUCAGACAGGAGCGAUCUACGCUGAUGCAGCAAUUUCAUUCUGCUGCACGACAGGCUCUCGUGAAUGCAUCAUUUCUCAAGACAACAGAAAUCUCCGUCUUGCAAGCGCUGUACCUUUUCCUUCUAUCCAGCCGUUACGUCUACGAUCCACACACGUAUUGGAUCCUGACGGGAAUAUCCGCCCGCAUAGGACAGCGAAUCGGUCUUCACCGAGACGGAGAGAAGCUGGGUCUACCGCCAUUUGACGUGGAGCUGAGACGGCGAUUGUUUUAUCAAGUUUUUCCGCACGAUGGUAGAGCAAGCCAAUCUGCAGGUAUUGACUUUACCAGCCUGCCUGAAGCCUGGGAUACAAAACCUCCCCUCAACAUCAAUGACAAUCAAAUUUGGCCUGGGAUGACAGAGAGACCAGUCGAGCAAAAUGGCGCAACCGAUAUGAUUUUCUGUCUGUCCCGCGCAUAUGUUGGCAAGAGGCUGGCGAGAUCGGGAAACCCAAUCAAUGGCGCAGCACCAUGGAGCUUCCCCGAUCAUCACGAAGCCGAGAAGAUCCUUAGCGCAGCGGAAGACGAAGUGGAAGAGAAGUUUAUUCGUUACUGCGACAUUGUCAAUCCGUUGCAUUUCCUUACUAUUGGACUUGCGAGGUCCGGUCUGACGGCCAUGCGGCUCAAACUCCGCCUCCCCAAGAUUAGGGAUCAAACUGCUAGCGAUGAGGAGCGGCAGGAUUUGUUCCAGCUCGCGCAGAAGACCCUGGACACUGAUGCAGCAGUCCAUGCGCAUGGGGGCACCAGCCGGUUCCAGUGGCACAUCAAACCGUUCUUUCUGUGGGGUACGCGAGACUCGUUCAUAUUCAUCCUGACUACAUUGUCGAAACGACGAGACUUACUCUCCCGCGAACAAAUUGAAGCCGCCUGGAAAAGCAUAGCACAACUCUAUCAGAACCACGAUGAGCUCUUCGACGGUAAGCAGGCGCUGAAUGUGGCUCUUCGACGGCUUGCUCUGCAAGCCUGGGAUUCCUAUCAGUCGAGCAGUGGUGACCUGCAACCGGAAUUCAUCGAUACAUUGCGGAGUCUGCGAGGGAAGAAAGAGAAGGGGCAAAGCCAGCGAGACAAAUCGACGUGUCUUCCGCCCGAUGCAGCAUCAUCGAGCGGUCCCUCGCCUAUGAGCGAUAUGAUCACAUCGCACGACAGUCUGUCAGGGAGCAUUACCUUUGACGUGGGUCAGAACCUCGAAUUUGAUGUGGAUGACUGGAUAUUUUGGGAUCAGCUGAUUCAGAACCAAUCACUGGGUAGUCAACAAUGA